AUGGAGGAUUUCCAGUCAUGGAUCCCCGCAAGGGAGUCGAAAUCUACAUUUUCAGAAGGAACAAGCUUUAGCAGUCUUGAAUCCAAUGAAACCCCAAAACCCUUUAUAUUCCAUUGCUAUAUUACUUCUCUUAGAACCCUAGCUUCACAAAUUAGCUGCCUUGCAGUGCGUGAAAACCGUCUCUAUGUAACUUCUGUCAAUGAAAUCAUUGUCUUUAGUUUAACAAAUUAUGCCCUUAUUGACACCUUUAGCUGCAGUGAUUCUGCGUCCGGUUUGGUCAAGUUUAUUGCAUUCAGUGACAGAAAAAUCUUCACUGCACAUCAAGAUUGCAAAAUCAGGGUUUGGCAAGUGACAACAAGUAAGAAGCACCGUCUGAUCUCAACGCUUCCCACGUUUAAAGAUCGUUUAGGCCGUUGCAUGCUCGCAAAAAACUACAUUCAAGUUAGGCGUCACAAGCAGAAGCUUUGGAUUGAACAUUCCGACACAGUUUCAUGUUUAGCUGUGAAUAACGGACUAAUGUACUCAGCUUCAUGGGACAAGAGUUUCAAGACCUGGAAGAUAUCAAACAUGAAUUGCUUAGAAUCGAUGAAAAAUGCCCAUUUUGAUGCUGUCAAUGCCAUUGUUGUUUCUGUUGAUGGCCUAAUAUACACUGCCUCCACUGACAGACACAUAAAAGUCUGGGAGCGAGUCCAGAAAACCCACAAAUUGUUAACUAUCCUAGAUAAACACACGUCUAGCGUCAAUGCUUUGGCUCUGAAAAAGGAUGGAUCGGUACUUUUUUCAGGAGGAGGAGAGCAAAUUAUUUUUGUGUGGGAGAGGGAGAAUAGUUCUAAUUACAUGGAGCUAAAAAGGUCAUUGGCUGGGCAUGAAGGGGCCAUAUUGUGCUUAUUUUAUGUAAAUAAUACAUUAUUGAGUGGUUCAUCUGAUAAAACUAUAAGAAUUUGGCAAGAAUCCAAAGAAGGGUACUGUUGUUUGGGAAUUCUUGAAGGACACUGUAAACCAAUUAAGUCAAUAGUUGCAGUCUCUGAUGGAGAUUUGGAUGAGAAUCUUUCAGUUUUCAGUGGAAGUUUGGAUGGAGAAAUUAGAGUAUGGAAUAUUACAAUCUCAACUGUCUUCACAGAGUCUGUGAUUACUUCUUCAGACAGGGAUUAA